AUGCACGAAGGGAUUGACAACUUGAAAUCCCUUUACGACCGUGCCGGGAAGACUUUCUCCGGCGGUCCUUCUGCGGCUCAGGAUGUGCCGCGUCGUACUGCUCAACCAGACCCAGUACGUCAAUCAUCAGUUGGGAGCGGGGCUCCCAAGUAUCCCAGGACGGGGGAUAACCGCGCCACCGGACGAGAUAACUCGUCCGACGUCCAUUCACAUCGCGGUGGUUCAACAGCUGCUCAACUAGAUAGCGCUGGCCACCGCGAGAGUCCUCUAAUGGAGGUGGAGGAGGAGGAAAGACGCUCUCCACACGAUCAUGUGGAUCGGUGUGUUCCCGAGAGCUUCUUUGAUCGCGUAACGCAAGGGUUACGCGACGAUCUCGAACAUGAGCGGGACAGGCGUCUCCAAUUGGCGGACACUGUCUUGAAGCAUCGAGCUGAGUUUUCCUUUGCUCAGCUUGAGAACGAGAGAUCUCUGACAUCUCUGCACAACGAGAUAAGGAUAGCUCGUGGGAUUGUUGAUCGUUCUCGGGAUGAGAUAACCGCUCUUCAGACCCUUGUCGAUGCCCACCAUCGGGAGCACAAGGCUCUCUGCGAGAUGCUUGAGCGCAAGGGCGUUCUUCAUCGGAAGAAACAGCGUACUGAUGGUACGGCUUAA